AAAUUAGCAUGAUCCUACUAUUAACCCUACUGAUAACACUACAACAUGUUACUAAUCACGUGACUAAUGCACUUCCCUCUGGGCACGGUAAGCCACUGGGGGAGCACAACGACCUGAAAACCCCCGCAGUAGAGGAGGACUACACCAAGAUAACCUCCCAGUAUUUUUAUGAGAAAUACAUCAGAACCAGGACUCCUGUUAUUCUGAGGGGUCUGGCUAAAAGUUUUCCUGCUUUUGAUCUCUGGUCUGAUGAAUACAUAACGGAACAUUUUGGAGACCUAGAGGUGCGGUUGGAAGCAAAGACAGAGAAAGAGACGUUUACUCCUCUUGGGGAAGUAGGGCUGGGUCGGGCGUCUUUCAGCGAGUUCUUCAGACGUUACAAAACUGAUAACAUGUACUGUGUGUCUGAGGUGCCAGAACCGAUGUACAAAGAUCUUAUAUUACCAGGCAUUAUGAACUGUGGCACGUUGAAAGACAGCCUAGUUGAGAUGAACAUGUGGAUUAAUAGCGGUGGUGCAAAGAGCAUCAUACACAAGGAUGCACAUAACCAGUUAAACUGCCUGUUAGCCGGCUCCAAAGACUGGAUCUUCAUCAACAACACUUACAAUGAAUGGAUCUAUCAGGCAGAGGAGAUAGACGGGGAUCAAGGCGGUUUCUCCCUCGUUAAUCCUGACAGUGUAAACUACAAAACUUUCCCGCUCUUUUCCCAGAUUCCCUGGGAGUACGCUACAGUUCAUGCUGGGGAUUGUCUCUACCUACCCCCACGGUAUUAUCACCGAGUCAAAUCUACAGACAGGAACUUUGCAGUGUCCUUCCUGUUCGGUACCAAAUCUGAAUUUGACAUGCCAGAUUGUGAGCAGCCCACUGCCGCUGUUCCACUGGAUACCGUGCCAGUCCAGUGGAAAUACCCAGGAAGCGGUAUGAUGAGCAUGGGGAACUCUGACCCUGCCCAUGUCAGGGAAUGGUUCAUCGAAAUUUUCAUGGAAAUGACCGAGGGAGAUGCUUCAGAGAGUGUUCCCAUGGAAGAUUAUAUCGAGUUUCUGAUAGAUGACGAAGGGGUAAUCCCCUACAUGAAGGAGCUAUUCCACCAGCUCCUUGUAGAGGAGAAAGUUUUGGGUGAUUCAGAGAAUGUUGAUAGGAAUUUGUUUGAUCUUCUGCCGGAGGAGAUUUGGCGGCAGCUGACAGUGGCUCAGUCUUACGACCCCUCCAACGAUCCGAACAGUGAAUUUUAUCACAUUCCUAAGGGAGAUGUGGUGAAUGUUCUAAAGGACGCUACGUAUUACGGUCCAGUGAACAGAGAUCAGUUUGUUGAGGCAUACAGAAAGAUAGAUGGUUCAUUACGAGUUGGAGGCGAACUUUUUGACAUGUUCUCGUUAGAUGGAGAGACAGUUUCUUGGUAUGACGUACGAGAUAAGGACGGGAUUUUGGACGUGUUUGGCCAGGAACACGACAGAGGAGACGAAGAGAUGUGGAUAAGGAAUGAGGAAGUAAAGAGGCUCGCAAAGGAGGAUUUAAGACAGAGCAUGGCAGACACAAAAACUGAAUUAUAAGUCAGAGCGAGCAGAAAUGUGGUCGAGCAUAAUUAUAGUUUGGCCACAGUUUUAAUUUUAAUUUAAACUUAGUUUUACCCAUUUUCCCAUAUUGAAUAAUUUCAUUCACUAAUAAUUGAUGAUUAAGCAUUGUAGUAAAGUUUUGUCAGAAUGCAUAUAUAAUAUUGACCGUUUACAGCCUGGUUUUGCUGUGAGUCUUCGGAUAUGAAGAAAUGUGUGGCCUCUCUAAUUAGACUAGUCAAUAGACAAUAUCAACUAUAUCAGUAAUAAUAUUCAGUAUCACGCUUUACAAAACUCUUCACAAAACUCUACAAGGAUAGAUAUUACUUCUUACUUGAUACUUGAUAAGGUCUCCUCAAUCAUUCGAGUGGCCUGCACCAAGGAAUUGCCGCUUAUGUCGUAUCAUCUGUCUCCAGUGCUUUCGGUUUCCUGCCAACUCUCGGACCUUAUCAAAUACAAUGUCUGGAUAUUACUGAACUAAGUAAAUUUCAAUUCUUCGGAAACAGAACAUAAUGGUUUCGUCCGAAUCACGCAUGCGUAGUAAAUAUUCUAAAAAGCUUGGGUCAGUGAUACGAGUACAGAAGACGAUCUUCAAAACAGGAGUUUUAUAGCCGUCCAAAGUCUCAAUAACAUAGCUUCCCCUCAUAGGAUCAGGAAGUACAUGCAUGACGUGAGAGUGAUUCAAAGGUUUUUCUUUCCACAGCAGGGAAACUGGGAUUGAGUUACACAGAUAAUUAAAAUUCAUUCCGAUGAAUAUAUAAUUUUUCAUAUUGCAGGUUUAUUUAUUUCAUGAAUUGAUGUAUAAAUUUAUUACUUUUUGAUUCAUUAGCAUUACGGAAUCUUUAAUUUCAUGCGCU